AUAAUGGCUGUCCAUCCUCAUCGUCUGGUGUUAAUGUUUCACAUCAAUCUCUUACUUUGGCAAAUCAAAGCAUCACAAAAUUUAUGUCCAAAUAGCUGUGGCAAUGUCAAACUAUCAUACCCUUUCGGAAUCGGUGAAGGCUGCUACUUGGACAAGUGGUUUGAAGUAACUUGCGACAGCUCUUCUGGCACUCCAAGAGCUUUCCUAAACAGCGUCCAUCUAGAAUUAAACGAAACUGGCCAUCCUUAUUCUUCUGUUAUCGUCAACUUCCCCCACAAUUCAAGCAUCAACCUGUCUGCAAGCCCGUUUUCCUUUUCGAAUACAGACAAUGUAUUCACUGCCAUUGGUUGCGAAAACUACCUCAAUCUCAGUCGGAAAGAUUCAAUCCUGAGUCGCUGCCACUCUUUUUGUACUUGGGAUCCUACGCAAAAUGAUGGCUGCGGUGAUUUCCUAUGCAACCUUACUCGAAACCGUAAGGUUGACAAUUUAAACAUAUCAGAAAUUUAUUCUGAAAGUUUUCCCAGGGAAUGCAGUUCUGCCUUCGUAGUUCAUAAAGCUUGGCUUGAGUCAAACUACCUAAAAAAUCCUUAUGUUUUGAAAGAUAAAGAAGUCGUUCCAGCUAUUCUGGAAUGGGGAAAAUAUGGAGGUUAUUGUGUGGACCUAUAUAAGUCACACACAACAAAAUGCAACAAAGAUGAUUACUGCGUCAUAAAACUAAACUCAGACUGUUCUUGUCUUUGCGACAAUAAAAAAUCUGACAGCUAUAUAGGAUGCAAAGGUACAGGCCGCUUGCUUUGUGUUUCGAAGAACGAUAGCUAUCGCUCCGAAUGUCCUUAUGAUUAUGAACCUUAUCAAAGUGAAGAUGGAAAAACAUGGUGCUCUCCUUCACGAAGUUCUGAUGCUAUAUUUAUUAAAAAAACUCCAGUCAAAUAUUUAUUUGGCAUAGGUCUCAGUGCUGGGCUUGGAAUGGUGUUACUUAUCAUUGUAACAUGGUGGUUGUACAAGUUCGUACAAAAACGGAAAGCAAUCAAACUGAAGCAAAAGUUAUUUAUAAGAAAUGGUGGGAACAUUGAGAAAACAAAAUUGUUUACCUCGAAGGAAUUGGAAAAAGCCACUAACAAUUAUCAUGCCAAUCGAAUUCUUGGUGAAGGUGGUCAAGGCACUGUGUAUAAAGGGAUGUCAGAAGGAAGAAUUAUAGCUAUUAAGAAGUCCAAGAGAGUGGAUGAAAGUAAAAUUGAAGAAUUCAUUAAUGAGGUUAUAUUACUAUCACAGAUUAGUCACAGAAAUAUAGUUCAACUAGUAGGGUGUUGCUUGGAGACAGAAGUGCCUCUUUUAGUCUAUGAGUUUGUUUCUAAUGGAAAUCUAUUUCAACAUUUACAUGACCAAAAUGAGGAGUUUUCAUUCACAUGGGAACUACGAUUACGGGUUGCUUUUGAAGUUUCAAGUGUAUUAACCUAUUUGCAUUCAACUGCUUCUGUACCUAUAUAUCAUCGAGAUAUUAAGUCCACAAACAUACUUCUGGAUGAAAAAUUUCAAGUAAAAUUGUCGGAUUUUGGAGCUUCAAGAUCUAUUGCAAUUGAUCAAACUCAUUUGACCACUCAAGUAAAAGGGACUUUUGGGUAUCUUGAUCCAGAAUAUUUCUGGUCAAGUCAGUUUACUGAAAAAAGUGAUGUUUAUAGUUUUGGAGUAGUUCUUGCCGAACUUUUAACUGGACAAAAGCCAAUUCGUUCAACUGAUAUUGAGGAAGAUAGAAGUCUUUCUGCAUAUUUUCUACGUGCCAUGAAAGAGAAUCGUCUAUUUGAAAUUCUUGAUGCUCGAGUUAUGAAAGAAGGUAAAAAAGAAGAGAUCGCAACCAUUGCCAAUCUUACAAGAAAAUGUCUGGACUUAAAUGGAAAAAAUAGGCCUACAAUGCGAGAGGUAGCAAUCGAAUUGGGUGGGAUCAGAGCUUCAAGAUGCGCUUCAAGAAUGCACCCUAUCAAUAUUGAAGAGACUAAUUUUGUUCACGCCCUAGGCAGUGCUGUUGGCUGUUCUGAACAAAAAAGUACAGCUCCUCUAAUAUCUCAUCUUGUAAGGUUGGGAACUCUGCAUUUAAUAAAAACUGGAAGAGAUAAAAAAAAUUCAGUGAAAGAAAAUGUCAGAAAUCUGCACCUAGAAGAAUCUCAUGUUGUUGAGGACGAAAGAGGUGCUGAGUCAGAUCUUGAGAUGCAUCCUUUAUUUUUCGAGGCCUCUGAAGAUGGACGUCUGCCAUAUUAUCCUCUGAACACUGGCACUCGGACUUCCAGUUCUUUUAGUUUCUUUUCAGCAAAUCAGCCUCAACUUAAUCUGAGUCUUUUCCACAAUCCCCGCCAAGUCAGUCGUGUUGGUUGCUUUAAUGAAUCUUUGAAUACCAAAGAGUCCUCCAAUACAUCGUCAUCUGCCAUUGAUUUCCACUUACUUCUGAAAAGAAGUGAGAAUGCAAAUGGUGACUCAGUGACUGCACCCUCAACUGCAAGCAAAUCUAAUGAGAAAGCUAAUGAACUGGACUAG